AGGCAUUUCCAAACAUUGAUAGCAGCAGCCUUAAUGUAUAUGUAAAUAAUUAUUUAUUUAGUAAAUGAAUUGAUCAUAGUGUAUAGUGGGUAGAGUGUUGUGACUAAGAUUUUCACUCAAAACGGGCAAUUUUUUUAAUGUUGGCGAGAUGAAAUUCAAUUUUUUGUGGUGGACUAUUGCGCUUUUGCUCGUCGGCAAUAUAGAAACGAUUUCCCCGGAUGGACGUAAAAAGCUUUGGAAAAUUGUUUGGGAUUAUUGGAUGUGUUUUCUUGGAUAUUCGCAGUUCAGUUCAGACAAGCAGCUGAAUAUUACUCAAUUGCUGAAGAAUUACAACUACACAGUAGAAGCACACGAUGUUGUAACUGAAGACGGUUACAUUCUAACAGCCCAUCGAGUUCCGUAUGGUCGAAAUGGCGCAGGCAAAGAAGUUCCAAACCGCCCAGUUGCUCUUUUAGGACACUGUUUGGCCUGUUCUUCCAUAGAUUGGGUCUGGCAGGGGCCAAACAACUCUUUGGCCCUGAUGUUGGCUGAUGCUGGCUACGAUGUUUGGCUGGUUAAUAACAGAGGCAACGUUCACUCCAUGAGGCAUCAGACUCUAUCCACGUCUGAUGCGAAGUUUUGGGACUUCAGUUUCCAUGAAAAAGGCUACUACGAUCUGCCAGCAAUUGUCGACUAUAUUUUAGAUUUUGCCCAAGUCGAUAAUAUCACUUAUGUUGGGCAUUCGCAAGGAACCACAGCCAGCUUAGUGUUGACCACUUCCAGGCCAGAGUACAACGAUAAGUUCAAUUUGAUGGUGCUUUUUAGUCCUAUUGUAUAUUUGGAUCAUAUGAGCAGUCCUUCAGUCCGGUUUCUUGCUAAGUACUUCAGCUUGAUUAAGGCAGCAUCAACUGUGCUUAAUGUGCACGGAAUUCCAUACACACCAGCCAUUAAUAUCCUGGCAGAAACAAUAUGUAACGAGGACAGCUCACUUCAAGGAUUCUGCAUAUUUUUGAUCCAGUUAUUUGCUGGAUUCGACUACAACCAAGUGGAUCGAUCCAAAUUGGCUGUGUAUCUUUCAAACACCCCGAACGGGAUUUCUAUUAAGGACAUGGAGCAUUUCAUACAGCUGGUUUACUCAGGCGAAUUUCGGCAAUUUGAUUUCGGAAGCGACUUGGCCAAUUUGCUACAUUACAAAACAGCUCAGCCACCCUCUUAUGACUUUAAGAACCUUAAAGCUCCCCUUGGAGUGUAUUACGCAAAAAAUGAUUUCCUGGCUACCGUUACUGACGUCGAAAGGUUUCUUGCGCAGCUAAGCCACGACACUCUAGAAACAUAUUUAAUUGACUACGAUUUUUUUAACCAUUUGGACUUCGUCACUGCUAAGGACGCAAAAAGUCUUCUUUACGACAGAGUGGUUCGGCUAAUCGACCAAUCAAACCCCUCAAUUACUGCCAACCGGUUAAAAUAAAUAUGAAAAACCGUUCAA